UCAGCGACUUAUAGUGAGACUGCAGCUGGCAUUCUGACACUGGGGGGAACUGAAUAAUUACCACUGACAUCCCCAGUGACAUUAAUGCACGCUAAUAAACACUGUACUAAUGGCACUGGGCAGGAAGGGGUUAACAUCUGGGGUGAUCAAAGGGUUAACUUUGUGCUGUGUGUGUUUUUACUAGGGAAGCAAGCUGCUUUACUGCUGUGUAGAGCAAUACAAAGCAGCCUGUUCCUGCUGACAGGGGAGAUAUCUGUAUUAUCUACAUACAGACUUCUCCCCUGUCAGCUCUGCUGCUGAUCACGGAGA